GGUGUGCCCUCGCUGGAAAAUUCUGGCCCAGGAUUCUCACUUGUGGCUCGACAAGAAGUACGUUGUCGGGUAUCUAGGACUGACGGUGUUCAGACUAUAUCAGAUCGAAGUUACAAAACGACUGAAGAGGAGGCCAUCGCAACAUUUUCCGCCGUGCCACAGCUGCGGACUGUGAUCCUGGACAAGGAUGUUUCACCCGGGGUCUUGGAGGCUCUGUCUGCCAGCUGUCCGCAUCUCACCACUCUGCAGGCGACUUAUCUGCAGGUGCUGACUUACUUGGAAGCAGACAACCUCUUUGCCGAGUGCAAAGAGAUCCGCACACUGACCAUUUCUGACAACAGUUUCGAUGUGGACGUGAGGUUCUUUGAUGCCUUGGCGCGGGUGGCAGACCUACGAGUGCUGCACCUAGGUGUUUAUCUUCCUCAGAAGACGUCAUUUCCACUGAACUUGUUAGCUGAUACCUGUCCCCAUUUGUGUGACUUAAAACUGGGGAGCUGUGGCAAUAUUUGCUACCAGAUUCGAGAUGCCGAGUAUUUUGUCAGUACCCACAGACACGUGCUCGAGCGCCUGAGUAUCAGUUGGAUGUCAGUCAAAGGAAGGUGUAUUGCCCCACUGCUGUCUGCGUGUGCUGAGACGCUGUGUCGCCUGGAGGUGUUCGACUGCAACGAGCGGACCGUCGAGGAGGCCACGGAUAUGUUCGCUACCCUGGGGCGAGUCCACAGCCUGCGGCAGCUCCUCUUACACGUCAGUGACUCGAAAGUCCGACACUUAAUUCCUGCUGUGUUUGAGAAUGGAGGAUUGCCGAAACUACAGCAGCUUUCACUCUCCUGCCUCAUUGCGGAUGAGACGACACGCGCCUUGGUGCCGCUCUGCCCAGACCUGCGAGAACUCGAGCUGGUGUCCUGCGAGGGGCAUACGGACGCUCUUUUUGAGCAGCUCUGCCGACUCGAAAAGCUGGAAAAACUGAAAAUCAAUUCUUGUAAAUGUCUCGGUGAAUACGCAAUGUCGCACAUAGCUAAACUGCCAGCACUGAACACUUUGGAGUUCAGGGACCUUAAAUUUGAUAAAUUAAAACCCAGUGUGGACUGCAUCCUCGAAAUAUCGGGGCUCCGCUGGCUUUACCUAUUCGAAAGUGACUGCUGGGCCAUACCGUUUGACAAGUUUCCCGGCAGACUGGUGAACCUGAGAGUGUUGGAGGUCGACUGCUGCGAAGGAGACCAGAUAGCACUGGACAGAAUUAGUGCCCAGAUGCCAGACCUGACAGUGGAGGGGUACCUUUGGGAACCAUUCCCCAGACAAUAUUCACAAAAUUGUUUUGUGUGACACCAUUUUCAGUUCACACACAGACACCACUCAAACUGGGUAGCUGUGGGACUGGCACUGUGCUGGAAGCUGCUCUCAUAUUCCACAGACCCUGACUUCCAAACUCAGACAAUGCCUCCACUCCUUUACUUCCUCAGCUUCAAAAGGGCAUCGGAUGCCCUAAAUAAGAAGACAGGAAACUGAAAAUGACCAACGGGACACAAGUGAAGGUUUUAGUAACAGCAUAUGUGAUGAGUGUCUCUAUUUUAUUGUAAACAAUUGUAUUUAAUUAUCAGUGAAUUGAGAGACUGCAUGUUAUUGAAAGUUCUGCUGAUGCAUAUAAAAGUUUGUUUCUUUUUACAGCAUAGUGAAAAGUGUGCGUUGUUUUUAAUAAUU